AUGUCUUCACUUGUUAAUAAUCCUGCUAUUCAGGAUGCACAAUUGUUGGUUCCUAAGGCUUUGUUUUUAAGACCUUAUGUCUGGCCCUUUGCAGUCAUCUAUCCAAUUUUCCUACAAGUGUACUUGAAUCACUAUGAUACGUACAUUGUUGGAAAGGAAUGGACUUUUGUCUACCUUUUAAGUAUUGUUUCUACAAACUUGUUGUUUUGGUUGAUGCCACAUUGGAAUUUGAAAAUAGACCAGUCUUUCAACUAUUCUCCUGUCAAAACCAUCCCUGAAGCAUCUCACAUCUUAAUCACACCAGCCCCAAACUCUGGUGUAGGAGAAAUCUCUCAAAUCUCAAGAGAGACCUUCCACGAUGGUGAAAAGCAAGUCUCUUUCUUAUACCAGAAGAGACGUCACUUGUUCCAUGAAAAUAUUCAGAAGUUUUCUCCCCCUGAAUUCUUGUUUGAUGAGGCCCCUAAGUUGGCUGAAUUUCAACAACUGACUGGGUUAAAAGGUGAUUUGGAGAAGUUGUACAGAAACUACGGUCAAAACAAGUUCGAUAUCCCCAUUCCUACCUUUUACGAGUUGUUUAAGGAACAUGCAGUUGCCCCAUUCUUUGUCUUCCAGUUGUUUUCCGUCGCCCUUUGGUUAAUGGACGAACAGUGGUACUUUUCAUUGUUCUCCUUGUUUAUGUUAGUGUCCUUCGAGAUGACUACAGUUUUCCAAAGGCGUACCACCAUGAGUGAGUUUCAAAGUAUGGGUAUUAAGCCAUACGAUGUACAAGUUUAUAGAGACUCUAAGUGGGAACCUAAAUCAACUAUCGACUUACUCCCAGGUGAUUUGGUUUCCAUCACUAGAACUUCUGAAGAUAGUGCCUUACCAUGUGAUUUGUUGUUACUUGAUGGUUCCUGUAUUGUCAACGAAGCUAUGCUUUCUGGUGAAUCAACUCCAUUGUUGAAAGAAUCCAUUAAGUUGAGACCUUCUGAUGAAAACCUAUCCGUGGAGUCAUUUGACAAGAACAGUUUGUUACAUGGUGGUACCAUGGCGUUACAGGUUACUAAGCCAGAAGCUGAAAGCAAUGGUAUCCCUAUUGCUCCAGAUGGGGGUGCUUUAGCUAUCGUUACCAAGACUGGUUUUGAAACAUCUCAGGGUUCCUUGGUCAGAAUGAUGAUCUUUUCUAGUGAAAGAGUGUCAGUUGGAAACAAAGAAGCCUUUUUCUUUAUCUUGUUCUUAUUGGUCUUUGCCAUCAUUGCCUCAUGGUAUGUUUGGGUUGAAGGUACCAAGAUGGGACGUAUUCAAUCUAAAUUAAUCUUGGAUUGUAUCAUUGUCAUUACUUCUGUUGUUCCACCUGAAUUGCCAAUGGAAUUGACCAUGGCCGUAAAUGCUUCAUUGUCAGCAUUGCUGAAGUAUUAUAUUUACUGUACUGAACCAUUUAGAAUCCCAUUGGCUGGUAGAAUUGAUGUUUGUUGCUUUGACAAGACUGGUACCUUGACUGCUGAAGACUUGGUGUUCGAAGGUUUAGCUGGUUUCAAAGAUGAUGACAUUCAUCACUUGUCUAAGUCGUCAGAUGUACCUGAUGUCACUCUGUUCGUUUUAGGAUCCUGUCACGCAUUAGUUAAGUUAGAUGAUGGUGAAGUCGUUGGUGAUCCAAUGGAGCAAGCCACUUUGAAGGCUGCUCACUGGGAAGUUGGUCUCAAGGAUACUAUCCAAAGGACUAAGCCAAAUGGUAAGUUAGAGAAGAUUAAGGUCUUGAGAAGAUUUCAAUUUUCGUCUGCGUUAAAAAGAUCUGCUUCCAUUUCCUCCUCUGCAUCAUUCAAUGGUAAGAACUUGGUUUCUGUCAAGGGUGCUCCUGAAACUAUUCGUGAUAUGUUGGUUGAAAUUCCUGCCAACUAUGAAUCAAUUUACAAGUCGUUUACAAGAUCUGGUUCUAGAGUUUUAGCUUUAGCAUACAAGUACGUGGAUACCAAUGUUAAUGUUAUUAAGGUUAAGAGAGAAGAAGUUGAACUGAAUUUGACAUUUGGUGGUUUCAUUGUAUUCCAUUGUCCAUUAAAGGAAGAUUCUAUUGAAUCUAUUAAGAUGCUUAAUGAAUCCAGUCAUCGUUGUAUCAUGAUCACUGGUGAUAACCCAUUAACUGCCUGUCACGUUGCUAAGGAAGUAGUGAUCACUACUAAGGAAGUAUUAAUUUUAGAUGCACCAGAAGACCAUCACAAUGUCUCUGGUGAAGAAGACUUGGUCUGGAGAAAUGUUGAUGAAACUAUCAUCAUUCCUCAAAAGCUGUCUGAUAAAAUCGACCUUGAACUUUUCAAAAAGCAUGAUAUUUGUAUUACUGGUUAUGCUUUAAAGUAUUUAGAAGUACACCCUCAAAUUUUGGAUUUAUUGAAGCAUACAUGGGUUUACGCUAGAGUCUCACCAAACCAAAAAGAAUUUAUCUUGACCUCAUUGAAGGACUGUGGAUACAACACCUUAAUGUGUGGUGAUGGUACAAAUGAUGUCGGUGCCUUGAAACAAGCCCAUAUUGGUGUUGCCUUAUUAAAUGGUACUGAGGCCGGAUUAAAGAAAAUUGCUGAAAACAGAAAGAUUGAAGCCACCAGAAAGGUUUACGACAAACAAGUUCAACUUUUCAACAACUGGGGUAAACAAGCACCUCCAUGUCCACCAAUUAUUGCUCAUUUAUACCCACCUGGUCCAUCUAAUCCUAAGUAUUUGGAAGCUAUGGAGAAGAAGGGUGUUGAAAUUACUGAUGAUAUGAGAAAGGCUGUAAAGAUGGCAAACGAUAUUGGAUUUGUUCCAAAGAAGGACGACGCCAAAGCUAUGAGUAACCCAAGUAUUUCCAUGAUGACUGAUAGUCUUAUGGGAGCGUUGGACUCUGCUGAACAAGAAGAUGAAGCUCCAACUUUGAAAUUGGGUGAUGCAUCUGUUGCUGCUCCUUUCACUUCCAAGCUAGGCUCUGUUUCUGCUGUUACACAUAUUGUGCGCCAAGGUCGUGCUGCCUUAGUUUCCACCAUUCAAAUGUACAAGAUCUUGGCAUUGAAUUGUUUGAUUUCUGCCUACUCUUUAUCUGUUUUGUAUUUGGCUGGUAUCAAAUUUGGUGACGCUCAAGCCACGACUUCUGGUGUGUUGUUAUCUGUUUGUUUCUUAUCCAUCUCCCGUGGGAAACCAAUUGAGAAAUUGUCCAAGGAAAGACCUCAAGAUGGUAUUUUCAAUAAGUACAUCAUGGGAUCCAUUCUAGGACAAUUCGCUGUCCAUAUUAUUACUUUGGUUUACAUCACUAGAGAAAUCUACAUUUUAGAACCAAGAGAACCACAAAUUGAUUUAGAAAAGGAAUUCUCUCCUUCGUUAUUGAAUACAGGAAUGUUCCUUUUAAAUUUGGCUCAACAAGUUUCCACUUUUGCGGUUAACUACCAAGGCUUACCAUUCAAAGAAAGCAUUUCCAGUAAUAAGGGUAUGUACUAUGGGUUAUUGGGUGUUGCCGGUUUGGCCUUAUCUGGUGCAACUGAAUUCUUCCCAGAAUUGAACGAACAUAUGCAAUUUGUACCAAUGCAAGAUCUCUUCAAGGUGAAGUUGACUUCAUGUAUUGUCUUGGAUUUAGCUGUCUGCUGGUCCAUUGAAUUAGUUUUGAAACACUUCUUUAUGAACUACCAAGCUGCAGAUAUUGCUUUAAGAGAGGAAGAUCUUGAGUAG